AUGGAGCUGAGACCUGACGCUAGCCACAAGGAGAAUGUGCCCCCCAGGCCCGCGGUGCCCCUGAGGCCAGAGCAGCGGAGAUUCCUGAAGAGCCCAGGUGUCGGCCUGGGCAGCGGCCAUGGCCGGUGGGUGCUCGCGAGCCAGGCCCAGAGGGGAGGGCCUGCCAUCACCCCCUCCCCAGGGGCCGUGCUGUGCCAGGAGCCUUGCCAAGUCCAGACCAACCUGGCUGGACAACCGAGCCCCGACCUGAGCCCCGUCCUGAAGGGCACGGCUGGCCAGCUGAUGAACGCAAGCUUGCAACAGCAGAGUAACCUGCAGCCCCCCGCCGGCACGCCCCGGGGGAGGGCCAGAGAGUUCGCCAUCCAGCAGAGUAACCUGAGCAUGAGGGGGACCAGCUCGGCUCAGGGCAGAAGUCCCAUCAGCCACCGCCUCUGGCCCCGCCUGACACCUCAGGGAAGGCCUCGCCCUCAAGGAUCACUGGCUUGCCCGUGGUCCAGCCUGAGACAGUCCCAGCUGCUGGCCACAGACAUCCCCGGCCCAGAUGUCCAGCCUGAUGCAGGCUUUGGUCCUUUCAGUGGGCACACACGGCCAGGCUCCAGACCCUGGUGUGGCCUGGGGAGCUGGCCCUCUGGGCUCAGAGGGAAACCCCUCACCCUGGAAGACCUGACCGUCCCUGUCCAGAGCCAGGCUCGGACCCCAUCCCAAACGGCCAUCCGCCAGCUGCUGGCCUCCGUGCGACACCUGGAGCGCGCAGUCAACCAUCUCAGGUGCCAGGUGUGCCAAGAACCCAGCAAUGGCCAGGGGACCCAGGCUGCCCUUUCAGACUCUCAGGCAAGCAGGAAGCCUGUGUCCCUAGAGACCAUGCUGGGGAUCCUGACUGGGGAUUUCCUUGACCCUAAGCAGGGCGACCUUCAGGCCAAGCCCCUGAGGCAAGGAGAGAACUUCUCCCUGCGUCUGACAUACAGCAGCGGGCAGAGGGGAGCGCCCUGGCUCCCUCAAGGUGCGGGCAGCAAGGAGGCCAGACUCUGCUCUUCGGCCGGCUCCUGGGCUGCCUGGGGUGUCCCACCCAGGCGGGAAGGAGGAGAGUUGACUCCACAGGAGCAGGUCCCCAAGGAGGAAGACAGCGUGGCUUCCUGCCCGCAGGACACAGCCCCACCUGAGAACUGUCAUGUCUUUUGGCUUUCCAAGAAAAAAGCCCGAAACGUGCUGAGCCUGGAGUCCGAGACAGCCCGCCGGCAGUGGCUCUCCAGAUGUUUCAGAGCGUGGUGGCACUUGGUGCAGAAACGCCGGACGGAGGCUGCAGCAGUGGCCCUGGGCCACCAGCAGCUGCUGGGCAGAGGCCUGUGGGCGCUUCGCCGGGCUCCACGGCUCCGGGAGGCCCAGCUGGAGGUGGCGUGGCAGCGACACACUCAGGCCCUGCUGGCCCAGAGCUUCCAGAAGUGGAGAAACCGGACUCUACAGCAGAAGCAGGGGCAGCCCCACGUCCAGACUGGGCCGGGACCCCCACCCUCUGGGGCAGGACAAGGCCAAGGCCCCUCAGGAAGGGAGCCAGUGGCAGACCCCAUCAGGAGAAGCAGGGGAGCCUCUCCGGACCCUGAGCAGCGGAGAGCCUGGCUCGGCAGGUGCUUUGGGGCCUGGCAGAAGUUCAUGCUAAGAGCCGCCCGGUACCGGGACCGCCUGGCCCGCCACCGGGCAGGGACCCUGAGGUUAUGUCUGCAACAGUGGAUGUGGAUGAAACAGCUCCGGGCCUCAGAUGGAGCGAAGGUGACCCAGCUGUCCGUCUGCCGCCAGAAGGCCGGGAACACAGCCCUCUGCAGCUCGGCGCCCGGAGGGGCCACAGCCCAGGGCCUGGGGGUCAUGGCUCAGACCCAGGGGCUGCCCCCGGAGCAAGGGGGGUGCAACCUGCAGGAAGCCUGCAAGAGAUUGGCCCUGCACCGGGUGCUGCUGCUCUGGAGGACACGGCUGUCCCAGCGCCAGAGGGCUGACUCCUUCCUCCAGGGCAUGAGGCGGCAGGUGAUUCGGCAUAUCCUGAGGGGGUGGCAUUUGAAGGUGUGGGGUCUGAGCACCUCGUCAGACAGUGCCAGGACCACCUUGGCCCCGGAGCUCCUGGGCAGCAUCCCGGGAGGGGAGCCACUGCUGGACGGCAGCCCACCCCGAAGCUCACUAGAGAAGGCUUCCAGGACCCCCGCCCUCUUGGAGACCCUCCCACUGAGGCUUCUGUGGGCAUCUGGGCAACGGCAGAGGGCACAGUGCCUUCUGCCCUGGCAGGUGCGGGCUCAGCACUCCCGGGGUGCAGCAAGGUGGCACCGGUGUACUCUUCAGAGGCGCAUCCUCCUCAGCUGGAGCCACUGGGCCACAGCCCAGGGGGCCCAGAGAGAGCUGGCGGUUGCCUGGGCCUGGGACCGGAGCUGCAGGGCCGCGCUGGGCUUGUGGCGGCGAAGGCUGGCGCAGGGGCGAGAGGUGGAGCAGUGGGUUCGGGCACGGGCCCACACACGGGUCCGAGGUGCCCUUCACCAUUGGCACUCCUGCUGGCAGAGGCAGCAGUCCCUGCGUGCCAGGUGCCAGACGUGGGUGCAGGUCCAUCUCCAGGCCUUGAGGGGGUCCGUGUUCCAGGACUGGCGGCAGGCGGCAGCUCAUUGGAGACACCCAGGGCCCUCCCCAGAGCCGCGUCUACUUCACAGCCGUUUCCAGACCUGGCGUGGAAUUGAAAGAGACACAGGGGUGGUCCCGGCCAUGGGAGCCUCUCAGGAUGGCCCGAGAAAGGCCGUGGGGGCCACAUUUGCCACGUGACAGGAUGCCCGAGCAGCCAAGGCCUGGGCACAGGAAUGGCAUGUGGCCCAGGCCUCCGUGGCCUACUGCAGAAGCUACGUGCCGGCCCACGGCUACGGGACACUGACCGGCCCAAGCCAGCACCACAACCACGGGGGACAAAGGAAGCCGAGAAAAGUCUCCUGGGCUCAGAGCCAGGCCCAAGGCCGGCCCCCUACGAGACCAGGAGGAGACCGCUACUCUGAGGCCCCACCCCUCCAAGGCCAAGGCGAGGCGGCUAAAAGACAGCCGGGGAGGAAAUACCUGCAGCGCUGGCACCGGGAGGCACUGCUUUCCCGGCUCCACGGCUCCCAGCGGGCCCGGAGCCUGGCAGCAGCAUGGCGGCACUGGGUAGAUGUUCAGGGUGCCGAGCAGCUGGCACGGACGCUGCUGAGGCAGUGGCACCUGACGCAGGCCUGGCGUGUGUGGCGGCGGCGGGCUCUGCAGCUGUGGGUGGCUCAGCAAUUACAGCAGCAAGAAAGUGGCCGGGUCCUUAUCCAGGUCUUUGAGAAGUGGCGCCAGCACCUGGCAGCAAGGGGCAGAAGAGGAGCCACCAGCAGUCUGAUAGCCCUGAGCCCGGCGGGCAUCAGGAGCCCUGGGAGUAGGCUGGAAGCUGCUCGAGCCCAUGUGCAUGGUGGACUGGAGGCGGAGCAGGGGACCAGCUGUAGUUGUGACUUGUUCCCUUGGAAAGAAAAACAACACUGAGCCCAGCCUCCCUAA